GCAAAGGAAGUGAAGACCUGAAAGUUAGGCUACUUGAGUUCAGUUUUUUUGUCUGAGGCCGCUUGCAAAAGGAUAACUAAACCCAGCAACCUUUCAAACAAAGGUUCCAAAUACAGUUGUCUGCAUGAAGACUGAGAGUGUCGUCCAAACUGUGCCCUUCACCGGUAGAAAACGGAGCCUGCUUGAUGACGCACGGAGGGACCGAGAGAGUGGCUCCUCGGCGUCCCCUGGUCCCUCGCGCGUCGGGGACUGUUGUGUGUUUGAGGAGAAGAACGGGAAAGUUUUGCUCCACGUGCUUUUCGCCCUAAGUAACGAGAAGAAUUCUGGGUUCUUCAAGGCAGGCAAGGUGUUUGAGACCUUCGAAGCAAAACUUCUUCACGUGGAAAGCCGACCCAGAAAGUCUAAGAACAACACAUCGGACCUGGAGUUCCUCAUCAAAUGUGAAAUACACACCUCGGACAUCGACGUCUUCAUCAACUCAUUAAAAAGGGUUGCAGACGAUGUGCGGACAGUCCCUGAGGAAAAAGUGCCCUGGUUUCCAAGAAAAAUACGAGAUUUGGAUAGAUGUAAUCAUUUGGUAACGAAGUUCGAUCCUGAUUUGGAUCAAGAUCACCCCGGUUACAGCGAUAAAGAAUACAGAAAAAGAAGAGCAUUCAUCUCGGAACUAGCAUUUAAUUACAAACAAGGGGAGCCCUUACCCAGGGUAGAAUACACGCCUGAGGAAAUAUCCACAUGGAGGCAGGUGUAUUGCACCCUGACUAACAUUUACCCCACACACGCCUGCCGGCAGUUUCUGGAUGGACUUCAGCAGCUGGAAAAGGAGUGUGGCUACGCGGAGGACAACAUCCCCCAGUUGAGAGAUGUGUCUGCCUUCCUCAAAGAGAAGACAGGCUUCCAACUGCGUCCAGUGGCAGGUCUCCUCUCGGCGCGGGAUUUCCUAGCCAGCCUGGCGUUCCGAGUGUUCCAGUGCACGCAGUACAUCCGACACCCCUCAGCCCCCAUGCACUCCCCAGAACCAGACUGUUGUCAUGAGUUACUCGGCCACAUCCCAAUGCUUGCAGACAAAGAGUUUGCUCAGUUCUCACAGGAAAUUGGUCUGGCAUCACUGGGUGCAUCUGACGAGGACAUUGAGAGACUUUCAACACUGUACUGGUUCACAGUGGAGUUUGGCCUUUGUAAGCAGAGUGGUUCGGUCAAAGCAUACGGAGCGGGAUUACUGUCCUCCUAUGGAGAACUCAUAUAUGCUCUAUCAAAAGAACCCGAAUACAAACCCUUUAACCCAGAGGAAGCUGCAGUCCAGCCUUACCAGGAUGAAACAUACCAGCCCAUAUACUUUGUGUCUGAAAGCUUUGAAGAUGCAAAGGCAAAACUGAGGCAAUUUUCCUCAACGAUCCAGAGGCCGUUCACCAUCCGGUACGACCCGAUCACCAGCAGCCUGGACGUGCUGGACCGGCCUGGAAAGAUCCAGAAGGCGCUGGGUCAGAUGCAGGACGAGCUGAAGACCCUGUGCCAGGCCCUGGAGAGUCUGGGUCAGAGGUGAGCUGGGCCCAGGGAAACCAGAACUCAGAACCCAGUUAAACACCAUUCAGGACCAGAACUCAGAACCCAGUUCAACACCAUUCAGGACCAGAAUGUAGAACACAGAAUCCAGUCCAACACCAUUCAGGAUUAGAACCUAGAACACAGUCCAACACCAUUCAGCCUAUAUUAGCUCAUGCUCACGAGUGCUUGGCCACAAGGAAAUUGAACUGUACACUUCUUUAUUUAUAUUUUUAAAAUUUGACUAAUUUUGUUAGCCUUACCAUGAUUUCGUGUUUCGUGACCUAUACAUUCUUGCAUGAUGUUCAUUGCAGAGCCAUAUAAUAUGAUACUACACUGUAUAUAUAUAUACUGUAAUUCAAAAGUAAAGCUGUUAUUUAUUACAUUUGAUGGUGAUGGUGAUUCUGUAUCAUUUAAUAUUUUAAUGACAUUUGUUUAACUUGUAUGUAAGAACAUGAGGAUGGGUAUUUGUUUGUCAAUUUUUUUUAGUUUGACAAAUUCAAGACAUUAAAUAUUUUCCUCUAAUAUCC